CAUAAAUACGGCAUCCUCGAUAUUAUCGAAGUCCCUUGAGAAUUCUAUCUCCAUCUCAAUCGACCAUUUCCGUUCUCGCUGCCAGUGUGCCUGUUUGUAGCUCUGCAAUGUCGAGCAACCAGGCGCGGAUUAAUGCUCUGCUAAGGAAGUCGCUUAUUGGGGAACUUCUUGACACCCAAUUUUACCUCUUCUCCGUUCGAUCGAAGCGUCAGGGCAACGUUACCAACCUUCAGGCAUUGUUUGCCAAUGACGAAGCCCUCACAGUGGGUUCAGAGUAUUUUAGUAGCUUACUUUCCGAAACAACGCCCAAUGAUUCUACCGUGGUCGAAUUUCAAGACUAUCACGCUUGUGAGGCAGCGAUAUCUCUCGAUGAAUAUGGCUACGCGUCCGAUAGUGACCUUGAUGAAGAGGAGGAGGAGACCGACGAAACUGUACAAGACAAUGAAAAGUGUGCGGAAGUCUCUGCGGAGCGAGCAUCUCGAACGGCAUCGAUCAAGGACUCUGCUACCAAAGGGGCGCAACGUAUCAUUCCAAGCCGCAGAGUCUUAGUAACAGAUACUGCGUUCAAAACCUGGCAGGCUUUAUUAGACUAUCUGUACACUGACGAGAUCGUUUUUGCACCUUUGCGAUCACAAGCCAGCAAGUCAGUAAGAUGUCGCAGCCUCGGUGAGGCCCCACCAUGCUCACCGAAGUCUAUGUAUCGCCUGGCAUGCAAGAUAAAACACGAUAAAUUACAGGCCAAAGCGCUUGCUGCGAUACGCUCCAGUCUAACUGAGCACAAUGUCCUACAGGAACUCUCUUCGUCUCUGACAUCCAAGUUUCCCGCCAUUCUUGAGAUGGAAGUCGAGAUUUUGUUCCAGAACAUCGUUACUCCCACUAUCAUGAAAGACUUUCCGACACUUAUUCAGAAGAUCGCUAGCGCUAACCUCCCGCACGGGGCUGACAUCCUGACCAAACUCCACGAGAAAAUGUUAAGGCACCACUACCACUACCCUAGAAUUUCGUCGCCUGCGUCUGCACCUGCGCCUGCACCUGCGUCUGCACCUGCGCCUGCACCUGCGCCUGCACCUGCACCUACGCCUGCACCUGCACCUGAAAAGUGCUCUCCACCAAGUGGUCCAUUCAAAUUCAACUGGGAAGAACCACCAAAACCGGUAACGGUGUCGUGGAAAUAAAUACACUGUAGCCACAUUAAUUAUGUAGGUUCCUGCAGCAUAACAAGGAACUUGUUUUCGUCUGAUGGGCCGGAGUCACUGGCACUAAUCUGGAGAGCCAGCUAGAUUGGCACGUGUCAUGAGCAGAUAAGAUAGAUAGUUUACGAGUCUGACUUAGUU